AUGGCAGACAGCAGUUGGGAGUUGCCUCCGGGUACUGUAUACUUGGGAAAUGGGCACUCUGAUAUCUCCGGCUCUGACAGUGAUGUCAAUAGACGGGUCUUCCUCUACCCGCAACCAUCGAAUGACCCCAAUGAACCAUUGAAUUGGCCCAUACAUGAGAAGGCAGUCAACUUCUCCGUCGCCUGUCUGUUUACCCUAAUGGUCUUUGCAACACUUGACAUCGGCACAGUAACAUGGAACGCCAUGGGAUCUGAGCUUGGUUUCGAACCUGACUUUCUCAAUGCCAGCUACGCAGCCGCCUUGGCUGGACUCGCGGUCGGCUGCGUCCUCUUUGCUCCGGCGGCUUUGGUCUUUGGACGCAAGCCGGUUUAUCUAUGCGCGACGCUAACAAUGGUGCUGGUCAACGUCGGACAAGCCAUAUUUAAGACAAAGGCUCAAUAUAUUGUGCUUCAGGUUUUGGCCGGGCUAGCGGGGUCAAUUAAUGAUACCAUCAUUCAGAUAUCGAUAUCAGAUCUCUUUUUCGUCCAUCAACGUGCAACGAUGACGGGUAUCUAUACUACGAUGGUUGUCAUUGGCACGUACCUUAGUAUGAUCCCGGCAGGUUAUAUUGUAAUGAAUCAAGGCUGGCGAUGGGUAUGGUGGUGGUGCGCGAUUCUCAACUCUGUCAUCCUUAUGCUGUUUUUAUUCGCCUAUGGGGAGACACAGUAUCGCAAGUCCGACUGCUUCAUUGGCGAGGAGCCCUCGAUUCCAGCAGCUGUUCUCGAAGACACAGAGAAGAAAAUUGAUACUGUAACACUUUGCCCUGAUGCCCAGCAGCAAAUCCCAAUCCCGUCCGAGCAGACAACACCCACCCGAAAAACAUAUAUCCAACGCAUGACAAUCUUCGGCAGCUUCUCGGACUUUAGCGUUCACUCUUACUGGAAACACAUGUGGCGGCCGUUUAUUCUCUUCUUCCGCAUUCCAGCGGUGUCAUUUACAGCAAUUGAGUACUCCUUCAUCCUCUGCUGGGUGGCCGUCCUCGCCACGACACAACCGAUCCUGUUCACACAACCGCCUUAUAACUUCUCUUCCAUUGGCGUGGGGAAUAUAAACGUUGCGCCUUUUAUAGGUGCAAUGGCUGGCUCGGCUUAUGGGGGACCGCUGAAUGAUCUUUAUGUUGUCUUCAUAGCUAGGCGGCGAGAGGGCAUUUAUCAUCCUGAGACACGGCUGCAUAUGCUCAUUGUGCCGAUGCUGCUUACGCCGUUGGGGCUAUUUCUGUAUGGAAUUAGUAUUUCCAAGUCACAACCAUGGAUUGUACCCCUAAUAGGAUCAGGACUCGCCGGAUUUGGAAUCGGUGCUGUCCCCGCGAUAAGCCUAAGUUACUUUGCAGAUAGUUACCGUGAGAUAAUCGCCGAAGGACUCAUCAUUAUAACUGUCGUGCGGAAUGGCAUCUCCACCGCUACUACGUUUGCCAUCGACCCCUGGUUGAAUGGACUUGGAUUGCAAAAUAUGUUUAUAUCGGUGGGAUGUAUUUCACUCGGGAUCUUGCUAUUGACUAUUCCGAUGGUGAUUUGGGGGAGGAAGGCAAGAUGCUACACUGCUGGUUUCUAUAAUGGGAUUGCUGCGGGGAGUCUCGAGUCUUAG